AUGGUUUCUACACUGGAGAACACGUUAGCCAUCAAGCAGAGGAAGAUGCAAGAUUUAUCCAAGAAUAGAUUAACUGAGGUUCCUACGGAAUUGUGCCAUUUUGUGUCACUGGAAACACUAAAUCUAUACCACAAUUGUAUCAAAAUUAUACCGGAUGCCAUAGUAAACUUGCAAAUGCUAACUUACUUAAAUUUGAGUCGAAAUCAGCUUUCUUCUUUGCCAGCUUGCCUGUGUGGUCUUCCUCUAAAAGUCUUAAUUGCCAGUAACAAUAAGCUAGGUUCCCUUCCAGAAGAGAUAGGUCAGCUAAAACAGUUAAUGGAACUGGAUGUCAGCUGUAAUGAAAUCACAGCAUUGCCACAGCAGAUAGGCCAGCUGAAAUCUUUAAAAGAACUGAAUGUCAGAAGAAAUUACCUCGAAGUUUUACCCCAAGAACUAGUGCAGCUUCCCUUGGUAAAGUUCGACUUUUCCUGCAAUAAAGUGCUUGUGAUUCCAAUUUGUUUUAGAAAGAUGGUGCAGUUACAAGUAUUGCUGCUUGAGAAUAAUCCUUUGCAGUCUCCACCAGCACAAAUUUGUACGAAGGGUAAGGUGCAUAUAUUCAAAUAUCUGACUGUACAGGCCUGUCAGAUUAAAACAGCAGACUCAUUGUAUCUUAAUGCCAUAGAACAACAGCAUUUGCCACAGCCCGUGGAAGAGAGCAUUGACGACAUCUACCCAAGUAAAAAGGACUCAGAUUCAGGUGUCGGUAGUGAUAAUGGAGAUAAACGUUUGUCAGCAACAGAGCCAUCGGAUGAAGAUACCGUCAGCUUCAAUGUUCCGAUGUCAGACAUCGUAGAAGAAGAUCAGGUUUUAAAAGAAGAUUCAGGUCACCAUGCUAACUCAAGAAAAGUGGAAUUCCAUCAGGGAUCUUCUCACUUGAUCGUCAAUGAUAAGUCAAGAGAAACAGGAAACCAGUUUGAUGAAUCGGAUACUCUUACUACUGAAUUUAUGAGUUACAUUAAGAGCAGAGCAGCCGAGUGUGAUGAAUUACUGAGAAUAGAAGAGGACACACAAUGGCAAACAGACGAAAUCGGUCAAAUGCAGAUGGAGAUGUCUUCCCUUGGUCAGAGGGAAAAUGCUGAAGAGGAACUAGAAUUUCAGAGGAGGAGGGACUUGAUUAUGGAGAAGGCAAAGCCUGAAGUGGGAGCUUGUGAACAGGGUGAAAAAUGGUCGUUGAGUCAGAAUGAUAUAAUUGUUUGGAAUACAAGUGGGCAAACCUCUCACAAUGAGAACAAGGAUAAAAGUCCAACAAUGUCCCCUACUACAAACACCACAAUCCCCUUCGGACUGAAGCCACGAUCAGUGUUCUUAAGACCACAAAGAAAUUUGGAGUCAAUAGACCCACAAUUUACAAUUCGAAGGAAAAUGGAGCAGAUGAGAGAAGAGAGAGAGCUUGUGGAACAGCUACGUGAGAACAUUGAAACAAGACUAAAGAUUUGUUUGCCUGAGGACUUGGGGUCUGCUCUGAUGGAUGGUGUAGUUCUCUGCCAUUUAGUAAAUCACGUUCGUCCUCGGUCUGUAGGAAGUAUUCAUGUACCUUCACCAGCAGUACCUAAGCUUAGCAUGGCCAAAUGCAGGAGAAAUGUGGAAAACUUUCUGGAUGCAUGUAGAAAACUGGGAAUACCAGAGGCUGACCUCUGCUCUCCGUAUGACAUCCUGCAGUCGGAUAUUCGUCACAUUCGAAAGACUGUUGACACUCUGCUCGCCCUCGGGGAGAAAACCCCACAAUCAACUUCUACCUUUCGCUCCUGGGAUCUAAUAGGCUUUUGUCUUUUCCACAUACUUUUUAUAGUCUUGAUGUAUAUAACUUAUCACUGGAAUGUGCUAACAGCAUAA